CCGUGACAUUCGCGCUUUGAACUUCCAUGUCUCUCUCCCGGUGACUUUCCUGUCCGGCGUUCCCUGGCCUACCUUGCGACAAUGUUAUUGAAAUCUCUACCUCCGACUAUACUGCCUGAUGGCCUUGCAGCUCAGUUGGCCUCUCUGGGCAUUUCGACGAGCACUGAUCUGAUCUUUUCAAGCACUUCUUUGCUCGAAAUUUACAUGCGCCUGCCCUCCAAAUCUAUAUCCUUCACAGAUUUCGAAGCAUGUAUCGAUUCCAUCUUAGAAAAGCUUGCGACCCCAGGACUAGAAGCCGCGAAACUUGAUCACGAAACUCGCCUGGAUUUCAAGAUGGAGACAUUAUCUUCUCUGGAUAAUUAUUUUGGUGGAGGCUUACCUUGUAAACGCGUCAUUGAGAUUUCUGGUGACAAGGGCUCAGGGAAAAGUGUUCUCCUUCUCAACUGCGUCUUAACAUCGCUUCUCAAGGAUAAGGACAUUUCAGCUUUGUGGAUUGAUACAACCGGCGACUUCGCCAUCGAAAAAGCGGUCGAAAUUCUAGAGUAUCACCGGCAAACUCCAAACAAUAUGGAAAUCAUAUUACAAAGGCUGCAUAUAUCCACUGCAGUUGAUAUCGAAUCUGUUCAGGAAAUCAUCCGUGCUCUAGAUGUCCAACUCGCACAUCAAGAGUCCAUUCCCCGUAUGAGGUGCAUCGUCAUAGACCCUGUCACACCUCUACUCAGUCCCUAUUUGAGUGCUGUCUCGUCUCAAGGGCAUGCCAUCAUGUCAGCCUUCAUGCGAUAUCUUCACGACCUAGCAGCUCGGUAUUCUUUGCUCGUACUAGUAGUCAACAACGCAACGCUCAUGCGAGCUCGGUCUACGAACAGAGCACAAAUGCCUAUUCAAACUGUAUCGAAUCCUCUAUCUGCAUUCGCGUCAACGAUUCGACAACCUGCUCUGGGACCCUCGUUCGCAUUCAUGACCGACGCGACUUUGUGGGUUUCCCUUUGGCCUGAGAAAACAGAGAGCGAAGAAAGAUCCACUGCUCACGUUAUCGAGGUCUUUCGGUCCAAAUUCUCAGUUUCUAAUGUCUGGAGCCCGUUCAGGAUAAAUUCAUCGGGAGUCCUCCUUGCAGACUGAGGCUGUACCAUAUAUAUAGUUAUUUUCUGACAGCGGGUCGUUCAAUAUCGAGAAAUCUCUCCUCUAAUGUUCUGCACACUCGCGCCCUUUUGUCUCUACCAUUUGAAAUAAGAUCAGUGUGGUUUCCUCAGUCAGCUGAAACUGGCCCUUUGAAAUCAGGUCUUUGCGCGACGAUGUUCAGCAGGGGAAGAAAUAGAGCUCGAUAUCCUGGAUCUGUUCUUUCGACUACCUCAAGCUUGGCACAUCGCUUCAACUCCUCCCAAGUAACCCAUUCCCAUACUUCACAUUUCUCUGGUUCAAGAUUCUGAUAGCGUCACGUCAGGAAAAAGGCAACUUAUCAUGAUAGAUUUCCAGAUGCUCACUUCUGCUACAGCUUGAUUGUCCACCAUCUCACAAGCGACCCAUAUCGUCACGUAGUGUUUGUUUU